AUGGCACACGGAACUCUCCAUGACACUGACCUUAAUAAUGUCUGGGAAAUACUUACCAAGUAUUGGGAUCUUCCGAUUCCAAAACUGCUCAUCUCCGUUACGGGUGGCGCCAAACGUUUUGAGAUGAAGCCACGGCUAAAGAACAUCCUAAAACAGGGCUUGUGUCAUGCAGCCACCAGCACUGGAGCUUGGAUAAUUACCGGUGGUACAGGGACAGGAAUUAUGCAGAUUGUUGGAGAAGCGAUACAUGAAUAUAUGAUGGCCCAUGGCGUUCAAGACCAGAAGCUGGUGGCUCUUGGGAUAGCCACGUGGGGAAUCGUAUCCAACAGAUCCGCAUUAGUUGGAAAAAGCGACAAGGGCCUGUUUCCAGCAACCUACGCCAGUGAAGAUGUCCAGGCUGACACACGAGGAGCUCCACUAGAUCACAACCACACUCACUUCAUACUCGUGGACAAUGGCACAGAGAACAUAUAUGGAGGGGAGAUCAAGUUCCGAACUGCCCUGGAAAGUUACAUAUCGAAAAAGGUGGUAACAGGAGUGGCUCAAAACCAGAGUGUUCAUGUUCCCAAUGUUCUCUUGGUUGUGGAAGGUGGAGUGAACACCAUGGCAACCGUCAGUGAGUCCAUCCGUCAAAAGAUACCUGUUGUUAUUAUUGAGGGAACGGGGAAGGCAGCUGACUUUAUCUCGCUGGGCUUCAAUAAGAGUCAGUCGAAUAAGAAAAAUCCUGAGAAGACAGACUUUCCCAAUGAAUUUGAUGAAGACAUGAAAGAGAAGGCCCGGAAAAUGUUUGUUUGGAAUAAGGAAACUGAGAACGACAAGAAGAAAAAAAUCGAUGAUUGCCUUCGUAGCUUGAAGGAAUUGUUACAAUUGAAAAACUAUUCUAAAUGUCUGAUGUUAGCAUAUCUCGUGUUGUUCGAGCUUGUACUCGAUGUAUGA